ACAACAGAUUUAUUAUUGUAGCAUAACUGCUCAGUAACACUUGAGCUUUUAUUGCUAUGAGGAGUUUUUAGCCAUUAAUACACCUGUACGAGAAAGAUAAAGUUGAGAGUAUAAGGGGUCGUGUGCAUGCACAGAAAGCAUAGGUGGUACGUUUCAAUAGGUGAGACGGGAUGUUAGAACAGGGUUGAUGUCUAGUCACCGCUCAGCAGGAAACAUGCUCACAGGUGUAUUGACAGCUGUAUUUAUUCUUCAUUCUAGAUACAGAGAAAAGAGAAGCGGUACCAAAAUGAGCAACGUCAAGGGUACAAAGUUAUGUGGACUUUGCUUAAAAAUGUUUGUCAGCUUGAACCAGCACCUUAAGAAAGGGCAUAGAGUUCCCAACAAGGAAGAACACGCACUCCUCCUUGCAUUUGGCAAAACUUGCUUCACAGGGAGUCUUACUUGUCCAGUUUGUGACAAGACAAACAUUGUUCGGCUGGACAAACAUCUGAUGAAAGUCCAUCUUCUCUUAACAUUAGAAUGUCGACAGAUGUUUAUUAGAUCCGCCAAGAGAACAGCGAUCAUAGCACAACUCAGCGCUCUGAGGGCUACCAAUCCAGACAACCCAAUGGUGUCAGAACUGGAUUUACAUCACACAGCGGGCCCAUACUAUAGCCCACCAUAUGAAGCAGGAGAGGAGGAGAGUGUAGGCCCAGAUGAUGGGGGUCCGGAAACCAUCUGUGAUGAGUCUGAUGACAAAGGGCUUCUUGAUCUAUUUGUUGACAACAAACCAGAUGACCCGGAGGCUGAUGCAAUGGCCUCGCCCUUGCUGAGUUCCACGCAGCUGGAAACGAUUGGCUCUGCAGAGGAACGGUGUGCCAGUCCUUUGCCAGGGCCCUCUUCCCACUGUCACUCAGCCCAAACCUCUGACCCUGAGGAGGGCACAUCCCAUCAGGCUCUAGAGUCUAGGCAAGCAAAAAAGAAAUCUUCGCUCCACCAGGUCUCUGCUAGACUUGACAGCCUAGAAAAACUAUUAAACGAAACCCUCCUCAGGGUUUCCCGAUUAGAACACACAGCAUUGUGGAAGACCCCAGAAACAAAAAAACCAAGCACACAGAAAACCAGCACAACCCCUCUAAAGCAGGACCCCAAACAAAAACUUGUAACGCCAGUGAAGAAGUGGAAAAACGCUUCAAAAUCACGGAGCCCCGAAACUACACCCUUUUUUGUCCACGCUCUGGAUGGUUUUCUAAAGAAAAAGAAAGAAGACAAAACUUCAAGGAAGGAGAUGGACAAUGCCCAGCAGUCACACAGUCAGGCUCUCCGCUUUUGCUCCUACAUGCUGCAGGGGUUACCUCCCACCGCUGGCCAGCACAACCUCCUCUUCCUGCAUCAGAUGGAUAAGCUCAGAGAGUGGCCAAGUCACCUUGCUGAGGAGGGCUACACCCCGUCCACGGCGAAAGUUAUGUUGGCCAGUGUCCGAAACUUCACAACUUACAUCAAGGACGCGUACCCGCACAACAGUGGGCUGUCCACACAACAAAUUAAUGAGAUGCUGUCUGGAAUGAAGUCCCUGGCCUCAGAAAUUCACAAAAGCGUUGUGGUCCACCGGGAUCGGGUUGCUAGAGAAAGAUCAGAAAGCAGCGUGGAGGCCGUGGAGGAGGAGGACAGCUUCAUGACGGCGGCAAAAAGGAAAUCUCCAUCCCCUCUGGUGCGGGAACGCCACAAAGAGUGGACUACACCCGGGACCGUUCGGCUGAAGGCCCUCAACCCAGAAAAACCAGGCCCACCAAAGAGUGCUGUGGUCUCUCCCACCCACCCCACAGAACCUGGGCAUCAAGAUCCCGCGGAUGAGCUGGGUCUGAUGCAAGUUGGUCGAGAGGUAGGCAGCUCAGCUGAGUUCAGCUCAGCUUCAAGAAAGACUGAAACAAAAAGACUUUUUCCGGACAAGCCUGAAGACUAUUCCCUUCCCAUGCAACACAUGCCCCCAGAUGCCCAAGGUCCAUCAAAGAAAGCCAAAGUGGAGCAAGCCCCCCAGUCCGACCGGUCUAUUACACCACCAACAGUGUCCAGCCCCUAACCCCUACAGCCACCCACAGGACUUGCACCACUCCCUCACUGCCACCACUGCAGUACUUUCUGUGCCUAGUUUUUUUUUUUAUUAUUCUUAUUAUUAUUCUUCUUCUUAUUAUUAUUAUUAUUAUUAUUAUUAUUAUUAUUGUUAUUAUUAACGUUGCAGUGCUUUGUAUAUAGUUUAGGUAGAGACAUUUUUUAGACAGUUCACUAAUCUUAUGUGUUCUCUUGUGUAUAUAUUGUGUUGUAUAUUAUGUGUGCUCGUGUUCAUGUUGUGUGAAUAACUUUUUUUACAUUAAUGAAUAUAUUCUGUGUGCCGCUGUUUCUCUUUUCUCUUUGUAUAUAGUUCAAGUAGCUCUAGACUGUUUAUAGAUGCCUCAUAAGUUUUUGUUUAUUUAUAUUUUUCCCUUCUAAUACGUGUACAUACUGUGUUUUUUUCUGUGUUAUUAUGUGUGCUGGUGUUCAUGUUGUGUGUAAAUAACAGGUUUUCUAAAACUGAAUAUAGUUUUUUUUAAACAAAGUUUUCUCAGUUUGUCAUUUCUGAAUUUAAGACUAAAUGUGUGACUUAAAA